GUUUAACUCAUUAUCUUCCUACUCUUGGUUCUAUCAAUGGCUCUAAUCACACCACUUCACCGUAAACCCUCAACUCAGUCUCCACUUCUCACGAAACCAUGCUAUUAAACAUCUCUUCCUCUCCAAACUCUCAUCGAAAUCCUCACUUCCUCUCCACUUUCAACACUCCCACACCAUAUCUCAAAACCCAUCUCUCAAAAUCUCACCUUUACCCCAACCUCUCUGUUUUACCGAAACAGAGCAUCAAAAACAGAGCUUUCUUCAGAAACAAGAGAUGCCUAGACGUCAGGCCAAGAGCUCUCUCCGGAGUUGAUCUAGGAAGCUUCGAGUCCGUUCUUGAAGCCACUGCUGUCCUCACCGCGAUCGUCGUCGUCCACGAGUCCGGCCACUUCUUAGCCGCUACUCUUCAAGGGAUCCAUGUGAGUAAGUUCGCAAUAGGGUUUGGUCCUAUUUUAGCUAAGUUCGACUUCAAGAACGUAGAGUACUCUCUUAGGGCUUUCCCUUUAGGUGGUUUCGUUGGUUUCCCUGACAAUGAUCCCGACAGUGAGAUACCUAUCGAUGACAAGAAUCUUCUCAAGAACAGACCGGUUUUAGAUAGAUCGGUUGUAGUUUCAGCUGGAAUCAUCGCUAAUGUGAUCUUUGCUUACGUCAUAAUCUUUGUCCAAGUGUUAUCAGUUGGUUUGCCUGUUCAAGAAGCGUUCCCUGGUGUUCUUGUUCCCGAAGUUAAAACCUUCUCUGCUGCUUCCCGUGAUGGGUUACUUGCUGGUGACGUAAUCUUAGCUGUUGACGGCACUGAACUCUCUAAGACAGGACCUGACGCUGUCUCUAAAGUUGUUGACAUCGUUAAAAGAAACCCUAAGAGUGAUGUGUUGUUUAGAGUCAAAAGAGGGAGUAAAGAUUUUGAUUUUCGGGUCACGCCGGAUAAGAACUAUGAUGGGACAGGGAAGAUUGGUGUUCAGCUAUCUCCAAAUGUUAGAAUCACUAAGGUGAGACCGAGGAACAUACCUGAAACGUUUAGGUUUGCAGGGAAAGAGUUCAUGGGGCUGUCUUCUAAUGUCUUGAACGGUCUGAAGCAAACGUUCUUUAACUUCUCUCAGACGGCAAGUCAAGUAUCAGGUCCUGUAGCGAUCAUUGCAGUGGGAGCAGAAGUCGCGAGAUCAAACAUCGAUGGGCUUUACCAGUUUGCAGCGUUGUUGAAUAUCAACCUCGCGGUGAUCAAUCUGUUGCCGUUGCCUGCUCUUGACGGUGGAACGUUGGCGUUGAUAUUGUUGGAAGCGGUUAGAGGAGGGAGGAAGCUUCCUGUAGAGGUGGAACAAGGGAUAAUGUCUUCAGGGAUCGUGUUUGUGUUAUUCAUUGGAUUGUUUCUCAUCGUCAAGGACACACUUAGCCUUGAUUUUAUUAGGGAAAUGUUGUGAUUAUAUAUCUUUUGCCAAAAGAAAAAGUGUUUUGAGUAAUGUCUUUAGUGUGAAGAAGUUGAGAGCUUAAACAAAACACAAUUUGGUUUCCAAUACAAACGAAUUGAUGGUACAUAUCCCAUGUAAUAGCUCUACUCUGGUAUCCACUACUAAAAGAUGUUU